AUGAGCGACUCGGUCAACUACAAGUUCAGGUUCAUAACAAAUCAACCAGAAGGAGCAUUAACUGGUUUGCCUGGUGUCGCUUUGAAUGUUACAGAUCUCAGAGUGAAGGUCAGAAGAUCAGAGACUCUGACGGAGCUAAAGUGUGAAAGCAGCUGUGGUCUAACCAACCUCCCCUUCUAUGUUUGGUACAACAAAGGGCAGGUGAUGGGGGAAAAAACUGCUUCUGUUCAGGUUUCUGUUAAAAAAGGAGACAGAUAUUCCUGCUCUGUUAAAGGAAAUACAAAUUACCACUCUCCUUCAGUGUAUGCUCCAAAGCUUCUCUCUGUGAUGGUGAGAUUUCCAGAUGAGUUAACUGAGGGACGCUCUGUGAUGUUUAAAUGUAACAGUGAAGCUAACCCUGCAGCUAAAUACACCUGGAAAAAGGAAAACAACCAAACUGUCCUCAGUCAGAACCAAACGUUUGUCCUCAGCUCUGUCCUGUCCGUAGACUCUGGGCAGUUUUACUGCACAGCUGAGAAUGACCUGGGAGAGAGAACGUCUAAAAGGGUUUAUAUUGAUGUCAAAUAUGCACCCAGGCCUCCUUCUGUGAAAGUGACACCUUCUAGUGAGAUAAUGGAGGGCAGCUUGUUGACACUGACCUGCAGCAGUGAUGCUAACCCAGAGGCUAAAUACACCUGGUACAAGGAGAGAGAGGAUUCACCUACAGCCUCAGGACCAAACUUCACCAUCAGUAGCAUUAUUUACCAGCAGGGAGGAAACUAUUACUGUCAAGCCCAGAACAUUAUAGGGAGCAGUGGUACUGUGCUGAAUGUGAAAGUUGUGCCAGGUAAUGUCAAAUCAGGCUGCAAUUAUUUGGUGUUCUGUUGUAAACAUAAAAAUAUAGUUUUUAUUGUUUGUCAGGAUUAUUCAUGUGUUAUAUGACAGCAGGUUUAACCUGCGCUAUAGCAGCACAAGAAAUUUGUCCUGCAGUUUAGGGCACCUGCCAAUU